AUGCGUCAACCAACAAUUACCCAGCUGAUCAUGGCCUUCACACUCGCUACUACCGCAUCGGCAUUCUUUCGCCUUCCUUGCAAAUCUCCCUUGGUUGUUGAGCGCGCUGAUCCCGUUAUCAGCCCUGGUAAGAUCUCGGGGCAUGUUCAUUCUAUCAUGGGAGGCAAUGGCUUUGGAUUUGAGAUGGACUAUGCCUCUACCCAGUUGUCGACCUGUUCUUCUUGCACUGUCACUCAGGACAUGUCAAACUAUUGGGUUCCGACUCUUUACUACAAGGCGGAAAAUGGCAGUUUCAUCUCCGUAGGCCAAAAUGGUGGUGCUACAAUCUAUUAUCUGCAACGCUCGGAUCCGACAGAUGCAAACUACCCCCACAUCGAGGCAUUCCCUGAGGGAUUUCGCAUGGUGGCAGGCGAUCCAAUGCUUCGAAGCUACAGUGACACCAACGAGCAAAACGCCAUCACUUUCGCCUGCCUCGGUACCAAUACCCCUGAGACCAAUGGAUUUCCUAAUAUCAAAUGCCCAGAUGGCCUUCGUGUACAGGUUUUCUUCCCAUCCUGCUGGAACGGGGUGGACCUCGAUUCUGCCAAUCACAAAUCCCACAUGGCUUAUCCUUCUGGUAGUGAUCACGGUUCUUGCCCGGGUAACUUCACGCGUUUAGUCUCGAUCUUCUACGAGGUUAUAUGGAACACGCCGGACUUUGACGGUCUGUGGUACGGUGAUUCGCAACCUUUCUUGCUUUCCAGCGGCGACCAAACUGGUUAUGGGUACCAUGGAGAUUUUGUCAAUGGAUGGAACGUCUCGACUCUUCAAGCCGCAGUUGACAAUUGCACCAAUCUUAGUGGUGUUAUCGAAGAAUGCCCAUACUUUGACUUCAUCACGGACACCGCAGCUCAAGCUUGUGUUAUUCCACCCUCGAUUAAUGAACAAGUAUUUGGUGUUAUGCCAAAUCUACCGGGCUGUAAUGUCGUUCAAAACGGCCCUGCUAUAUCUGAGGCCCAAUCUAAAUGCGAAGCACCUACCCAGAUUGGACCCUUUCAGCUCCCAUACGUAGACCUUACAAGUUCCAAGGGAUUCGCCUAUGUGGGAUGUGGCAGCGAUCCCGGGGGGCAGCCUCGUACCCUUCUGGGAGUCCAAGCCAAUAAUGCGACUGGAAUGACAGUUGAAUACUGCGUUGAUUAUUGCGUCAGUCGGGGUUUUAGCGUUGCCGGUCUUGAAUUCUCAUCUCAGUGCUUCUGCGACAAUUCGAUCCCUGCCGAUCGAGCACCAAUUCCAUCCCUUGAGCCAAUGUGUUCUGCAGUGGGAAAUUGUGCUAUGCCAUGCUCCGGGGAUAGUAAAGAGGUUUGCGGUGGUGCUUCCUUGAUCUCUCUUUACCAGAAGUGCAAAGGCAAUGGCUCUCCCUGUGAAAAUAUUCACUUGCCAAUAAUCAACGGCUCUAUGUCUACAGGUUCGACUAGCAAAUCGCCAGUACAUCUUCAGGGGUUAUCAUCUUCAGCGGAACCAUCUUCUUCAGCACUCACAAGUGCCACAUCCUCGUCUAGCGUCUUACCAACUGAAGAAUCGACACCGGCUACCUCUUCACCCUUCUCGACGACCUCGGCUGAGACGACUCCUUUGGUGGCUACUAGUACUCUACUGACCACGACUUCGAUCUCGAGUGCCGGUUAUGAUGUUGAUACUAAUGGCCAGAGCCCCAGUUCCACAUACCAUAAUCACCAUCACACCCAUAGCCACCGUGCUCGUGUUGGUAUUCAAGGUUAUCCCACAGCUGUAACGGCUUAG